AUGGCGGCGCUCAAAGCAGACAUGACCAUGUUCAAACAGUCACUCGACAACCUGCAGGUCGAUGAGACACAGACACAACAGACGCAGACGUGGAGGAUUCAUUUCUUUCCGUGUUCCCGCAGGCUGAGAUCAUCCGCGGGCGGCAGAGGCAGUGGCAGCAGAAGAAGCUUGCCAACGUGCCCAAGUGUCUGCCACGUAAAUAACAGACAAACAAACAUCCACGCAACAACGAGUGCCAUUUGGUCUGUUCCUGAAUGCAGAGAUUCCAGCGCAUGGUCCAUCGCGUGAGGACGAGAGACGGCCCACCCGCAUUGUGCCUGAGGUGCCACUAGUCGCCAGUAACAACCAGCCCAGCAACAAUCCGACCAAGAAACGCAGACUGCUGCUGCUGCCCAUGACAAGCAGGAGGAGCCCUCGCCAGCCCUCACACAAAGACAAUGCACGUGCCGCCGCACUCUCGUCCAAGAGCAGACGCUCUUACAGCGAGGUAUGCAGGACAUACACAGCAAAUGUCUCGCUUGUCGAUGGAUGCUUGAUGUAUGUAAUUACACAGGUGUCGUCUUUGGUGUCUGGUGUCUCUGGCUCCAAACUCAGCAGCGGCAAAGGAUCGCAGAAGAGACGUACAAUAAUCCACUCGACGUGUCUGUGUGUGUGAUUGCUCCUUCUAUGUGUUGGUUUGUGUCAGGUCAUCGCAAGGUCCGGGAGCUUGUGUUGCACUGUGCACAGGACGGCGGCAGGACCGAGACCCACCCUGUGUUUGAUGAACUCGAGUGUGGCCUCUUCAAGGAAGAGGACGAACAGGUAUACAUCCGAACAUACAGCGAGACUCAGAUGGAUGUACGAGUGUCUUCUCUACUGGUUUUGUGCUAUCUCUGUGUCCAAUCAGGAGUUCUUGUGUCUGCGUGCGUCAAAUGAGAAGAGCGGCCACAUGCCAAACGAUGACGACCAGCUCACUCAGCAAGACGUACCAUGCCAGCUACACCAGCCAUACCAUGCGAUUCUCCUCCUCUCCCUCUUACUUCUCUGUGUGUGUAUGUUCUAGUCGCUGGAAUGGGCACAGCAGAUGAUCCACAAGUAUCUCCAGCAGUUGCCGACACUGCUACGAGAGCAGGUGGACGAGCACGACCUCAUCCACGGCGGGGCGCAGGCAAAUCGCACUGAGAGUGUGAGAGAGAUGCUUGUGCCUCUGUGGCUCAAGGAAAGGCAUUCGUGCACAAAGUGAUGACUGAUUGACGGCU